UCACGGUCCAGGUAGCACUGCUGAGGUCAAGUGGGCUUGGGGCUAAGGGCAUGAGUGCAGGGUCUGUCUAACGGUGAGCUUGUGCAGCCAGCUUCUGAAGGGACAAGUUCUCAAAAGUCCACACUAGGCACAGAAAUCGAUGCACGUUUCUCAUUUCUUGAAGGAUCAAGCUAGGGUUUUGCAUAAAGAUACAACAGUCAUCUAGAUGUGCCACUUUCUUAUUUUUACUUCAUUAAUUUUCUCAAGGAGCAGGUAGAUGUUAUAGAUGGUAACCAGCACAUGAGGAAGAUGUGGGCCUGCUGAUACACCAUGGAAUGAUUUUUAAAAUUUUUUUAGUUAUUUUGAAGGCAUGUAUACUGUGCCCCAGGAGUGCAGUGCCCUCAGAGGUGAGAAGAGGGUGUCAGAUCCCCGGAACUAGAAUUACAGGUGUUGUUAGCCAUCCUGUGGGUGUUGAGAACCAAACCUGCUAUUAAACACUGAGUUAUCUCUCAGUGGUUAAAAAAAGUUGAUUGUAUGUGUCUGAGUGUUUUGCCUGCGUGUGUGUUUAUGAACCACAAGUGUAUGUGGUGACCACAGAGGUCAGGAAGGGGUGGGGAGUGGUCAGGCCACUAGAAGCUGUUGUAGGUGCCAGGAACCAAUCUGGAUCCUCUGCCGGAGUAAGAAAUGCUCCCAACCACUGAACCAUCUCUCCAGCCCCCAAUCUCGAGUGUGCGUGAGUGUGCGUGUGUGUGUGUGUGUGUGUGUGUGUGUGUGUGUGUGUGUGCGCGCGCGCGCGUGUGCAUGCGUAGGUAAGAACACUGCAGGAUUUAGUUCUCUCCCUUCACCAUCUGCAUCCUGGGACUCAAACUCAGGUUGUCAGGCUUGGGCAGCAGGUUCCUCCAUUCUGUUAGCUAUCUCGCUGGUCUCUAAAGGCUGUUUUCUCUAUUUUACAUUCUAAGAAAUUCUGGAUUUCUACUGUUGUGAUCAUGAGCUUAAUAAAGAUUGAUCCAGAGUUUGACCCAAAUUUGAGGACUGUGUCUUUCCCUCACUGACAUGGGCAUGAGGCUAGGCCCAUCUAUUUGGCCUGGGAGAGUGAAGCCUGGAGAAGAGACAGACUAGCCUCAUGCAAUAGCCACCUUUAUUCGAAGCAUCGGACAGUUUAUAUUCUGAGGGUGAGGCAGUCAUGUGAGCAAAGGUUACUUGAGCUCAAGCUGUUUACAGUCACAAGGACAAGGUCACACAAGUUUAGGCUGUAUAAAGUCGUGUUUGGAAACAUCCUUCUGAAUAAUAGCGGGUAAGAUGAUGGGUAAUCUAAAGUAAACCCACUCCUAUUAUUACUUCUGGGGGCAUGGGGGGGGCACAAAAGUGCAUUCCAAGAACAAAUCCCUGUUGUGAGGGAACAGAGAUGGCAAGACUCUUGUCUGGUUUACACGAAGUUUUCUUACCAGGUCUUAAAAAGUCACAGAGCUUCUUUCAUGGACUGUGCUCUGACAAGGGACUUGUCAUUUUCUUCUUCUGAGCCUGUCUGAGACAGGGCCUUCUCUGUAGGCCUCGGCAGUGGGAUGGCCUACCUGCCUGCAGUGGUCAUGGUGGGAAGGUACUUUCAGAAGAGACGAGCCCUGGCCCAGGGCCUCAGUACCACAGGGACAGGAUUUGGGACAUUCCUGAUGACCGUGCUGCUGAAGUACCUGUGUGCAGAAUAUGGCUGGCGGAAUGCCAUGUUCAUCCAAGGUGCUCUGUCCCUGAACUUGUGUGUUUGUGGGGCGCUCAUGAGGCCCCUCUCUCCUGAGAAAGUAGAAAACUGCUCGGGAGCAGAAGAGCCAUGUGCUCUCCCAGCUUACUCCACGGAAUCUGUUAAGUCCGGAGGACCACUGGACAUGACUGAAGAACAGGACAGAAGGCCUGGGAAUGAGGAGACAGUCUGUGACCUUCAAACACAGGAGCUUCAAGGUCAGACCCAUCCCAGGAAGAACGUGUGUGCCUUCCGGGUUCUGAAGACCGUGGGUCAGCUCACUGUGCGAGUCCAGAGGGGCUUUAGGGACUGGCACUCGGGCUAUUUUGGGACAGCCUCGCUCUUCACCAACCGCAUGUUUGUAGCCUUUAUUUUCUGGGCUCUGUUCGCGUACAGCAGUUUUGUGAUCCCUUUCAUCCACCUGCCAGAAAUCGUCAGUCUGUAUAACUUGUCGGAACAAAACGACGCCUUCCCUCUGACCUCCAUUAUAGCAAUACUUCACAUCUUCGGGAAGGUAAUCCUGGGGGCCGUGGCAGACCUCCCCUGUAUCAGCGUCUGGAACGUCUUCCUCAUCGCUAACUUCACCCUAGUCCUCAGCAUCUUCCUCCUGCCCCUGAUGCACACCUACGCCAGCCUGGCUGUCAUUUGCGCCCUAAUUGGGUUUUCUAGCGGGUAUUUCUCCCUCAUGCCCGUGGUGACGGAGGACCUGGUUGGCACUGAGCACUUGGCCAAUGCCUACGGCAUCAUCAUCUGCGCCAAUGGCAUCUCAGCCUUACUAGGACCGCCAUUCGCAGGAUGGAUCUUCGACAUCACCCAAAAAUACGACUUCUCCUUUUAUAUAUGUGGUUUGCUUUACAUGGUAGGGAUACUCUUUUUGCUCAUCCAGCCGUGUAUUCAGAUGACUGAACAAUCCGGAAGGAAGUGCAUGGACAGUGCACAUGUUUAGUGUCCUGUAAUGUCUCCUGUGGGUUCCCUCCUCAUGCCUACCUCACCUGGCGCCUAGAGGAACGCACGCUCUGUGUGGUGACAGAUGGUGUCACUCAUGACCGGCAUUGUCGUCACUUUAUCUGCAAGCAGAGCGGCCUCUCUGCAGAGGUGGCAGAAGUGAUUAGGACUGCAUAUGUCUUAGAGGUGACAGUGUUUAUAGCUUAUUAAGUAGUUGAUACAGAUGCCCUUAUGAAAACUUUCGAGCCGGGCAUGGUGGCAAACACCUGUAAUCCCAGCUCUAGGUGGAGGCAGCAGGGUCAAAGGUUCAAGGUUAGCCUGGGCUUCAUGAGACCCUGUAUCAAAAACCAAAACAAAACAGAACUACAAAAAGCCCCCCUUCUCUUUUCCUUCCUCCCAGUCUCUCUACUCUUCCCCUCCCUUCCUCCAUAUCUCUCUCCUUCCUUCCCUUUCUCUCCUUCCUUCUCCCUCUCUUCUCUCUUUCUCUCUUCCUCUCCUUACAUCUUUCCAUUCACCAAGACUCGGGUUUUAUAUGCAGACUAGGAAUAAAAGCUCUGCCACUCAACCACUUCUUUGUAAGGUAAAGCCCAAGCAUCUAUAUUUCCACAGAAGGUCCAGAUAUGACUGAAUUUUGUAAAUUCUUAUGAGGCGCUAUUGGUCAGCCAGCAUCAUGCAAAGGUGGGUAAUCAUUUCAAAAGCAGUGUAAUCUGCGGGCUGGAGAAAUGGCUAAGAGGUUAAGGAGGUGCUUGCUGCUCUAUUCAGUUCCCAGCCCACAUGUUGGUUCAGAACCACCCAUAACUCCAGUACCAGGGGACCAUACGCUCUCUUCUGGUCUAUGUGGCACGCAUACAUACACUCAGACAAAACACCCAUACACAUAAGAUCAAAAAAAAAUCUUUUUUUAAAAAAAAAAGGAAUACAGCUUAGUACAAUUUUAAAGAACAGUUUAUAUUUUUAUGAGAGAUUCUGUAGCUAAGAAGUACGAUUUCUAACUCUUGUAAGAAAUGAAACUGGCCAUCCUUUCUAACUCAGUAAUCGUGUCAUUAGCGAUGACGUCAGCCAUAAACUGAACACUGCACACAUCCUUCCCAUGUGGUCUGUGAGUGACAUCCUUGGUCUUAGGGAUGUUUCUUAACGCACUUCACCAUUGAAUUAAGGGCUAUGAUUGAAACACUUGAGUUCAUACCAUUAUCCUAGAUUGAAACAUCUUUUUUUAGAGCCUGGUGUGGUGGCACCGACAUUCAGAUGACAGGUGGAUCUCUACAUUAAAGACCAGCCUGGUCUACAGAACAAGUUCAAGGACAGCCAGGGUUUCACAAGGAAACCUAGUCUCAAGAACAAACAAUACAACAACAACAACAAAAUCAUUUUGGAGUUUCUCUUGCCCACUGAAGUACAAGGUUAAGGUUAAGUCACCUGUAAAAUGUGUGGCUAAUCCCAAGCAAGAGUCAACCCUUGAGGGCCAGGAGAUGGCCCAGCGGGAAAAGACUCUCUUGACCUUGAAGUAGACCUGGAUUUGGUUCCCAGCACCCAAAUGGGGCAGCUCAUGACUGCCUAUAACUCCAGUUCCAGAGAGUCUGCCACCCUCUUCUGGACUAAUGGGUGUACACGCACAUACACACACACACACACACGCACACGCACGCACACGCACACGCACACGCACACACACACACACACACACAAUUUCUUUUAACAGUCAAGCUGUGGGGUCACAGAUGGAUCGCCUUAUAGCCGACCACAUACCUCACGCUGGAGCCAUGGUGCCGAACAGCCCAGCUCUGGUGCCUCCUGCCACCGUACAGAGUCUUCACUUGUCUUGAUUUGGCACAAUUUUAAAAAUAGUUCUCUUUAUCGAUUUCAUACAUAAAGAUCUGGGACAGCAUAAAGACACUCUCCCUUAGCUGAGGUCUCUGUAUUUCUAAAGCGAAAGCAUUUUCAGACUACAGAAUGCUUCUCCCAGGAUUUUGGAAUCUGACUGCCUUACUUGUUUACACGUACCCUUAAAUGACCGACAUACCUACGUGUUUACACGUACCCUUAAAUGACCGACAUACCUACGUGCUGGUUAGGAGGCGAAGCUCGGCAAUAGGAACACUUGUCUAACACGUACGAGGCCCUAGGAUCCUCCAUCGCCACACCGUAAAGCAAGAAACGUGUACUCGAAAUUUGCUCAUCAAACAAAUUUGUCAGUGCCUUGGGCCAAAUUUACCUAAAAUGAAUCCUCCCAUUCUUAAUUAUCUCCAGCAAUUAAAGGCAGGAAUGCUGGGAAAUGGAUUUGCAGAAUGCUCCCAAGGUCUAACUUGCAGUCGGGAUGUGAGCAGAGCUUCCCAGAUGUACCAGGUAAUUAAAUGAACAGUUUCCUUCUGCCUCAUCUCCACGGUCUCCUACCCUUAAGGACUAUUGGAAAGGUUGCUCCUUGAAAUCGCCCGGAUAACACCAAUAGUAAACAUGCUGGCUAAUUGAAAGGAGUCCCAACGGUCCCACUAGUGCACACACUUGCUAUUACCUCCAGUGACUUGCGCAUUGCCUGGAAGUUACAUAGAUAAUAAUUUGUAUGCCGUACUUCAUUUGGCCCAGCACAAAGACAUGUUUGGGUUUUAUUUUAUCUUGUUUUGAGACAGGGACCCACUGUGUUGACCAGGCUGACCUUGAAAUCAUAAAGACUUGCCUUCCUCUGCCUCCCUGCCUCUGUCUUCAUCCCCUGGCCAAAGACCUGCGUAGUGUUGUCAUACCUGUAGCACAACUUGACGUCUAAAUAAAGGUGAUCAUCAGCCAGACAUGAUGGUGCAUACUUUUAAUCCCAGCCCUUGGGAGGCAGAGGCAGGCAGAUCUCUGUGAGUUUGAGGCCACACUGCUCCACAUAGUGAACUCCAGGUCUGUCUCUUAAAAUACAUGAAUAAAUAAACAAUAAAAGGUAAGCUUUAAAGCAGUGAUUUUUAUUUUCAGCCUAAAUGCCCACGGCUAGAAAUGGUUAGACAUCAUGUUAAUGUAUUUUGAAAACUACAUUCUGUCCUUACUUUCACCAUCCGCAAUCUCAGUGGACAGGAGGCGGUGAUGGGUGUGCUGAAUGGUGCUGUGGGGAUGCUUGUAUUGCUAGCUGGGCAUCAGAAAUCCCAGCCUUCCACCCGCUGACCCGGCUGGAACUGUAUUGGGUCAGAUUACUCGUGUUUCUGUCUGUGGACUUAAGUGUACUUGAGGGUGCAGUGACUUCUACUGAAUUGGAGGUCCCUGCAGGACCGAAGCAAGACCUGCCUGCUCCUGGUCAAACCCGAGUGUUCUGACAAUACUUUCAAGGGUUAACUACGUGCUUGCGCCCUCUGCUUCAUAGUUUGCCAUUUGCAAACCUGUGUUUUUUAUUUACUUGCAACUCAAUAAAUGUUGUCCUCUUUAAA